AUGUAUUUACCGUACGAGCUGGUGUUGCGGGGCGCCGGGGACGGUCCGAUCUGUCCGAGCCUUGACCGGGCGCGGGUGGUGCGACCAGCACGCGCGCUGGAGGGCGAGGACAGCGACGACGAGGAGGAGGCGGAGAUCGCCUCUCUGGACGAGGAUGAGGACGAGAUGGACGAGGACUCGAUCCAGUACCUGGAGCAGCUGCAGAAGAAGGUGCAGUCGGCGGCGCCCAGCUCUCCCUUCACAAUCUCUACGAAAAUUAUCGAGGACGACGGCAGCGAGUUCAGCCUCGACUACGACGAGCAGUUCGAGGACUACACGACGCCACUGGACGCGGCCGACUGUCCGGUGGACGAGUUCGUGGUGUUCCGCGAGACGCUGGAGGGCCUGCAGCGCCAGCAGCCCGAGUGGUACCAGGCGCUGACGGCGCCGCUCUCAGAAGACGACCGCAAGCAGCUGCAGGAGGCGUUCACCAUGGCCGAACAGCGCAAGGCGGCCGCGCACGCCGAGGCCAUCAAGAAGCAGGGAGGAUACAACUUCGAACAGAAGACGGUGCCUUCCACCUUCAACUUCGGCUCCGGCUCCGGCAACGUCACGUUUGGCAGCCCGUAGCGGCGGCGAGCGCGCGCGAGGCCGGCCACCAGACUGCGCCGACGCCGCUCGAGUCAAAGCUGAAGCCUGCGAUACGUCCGCGAAGCGGCCGGCGCGGCGCCGUCCCCACACGGCUCUCCCAUUCAGGAUUGGUAUUUAUCGGUUUCACUAGCGUGGUAAGCGCGGCGACGCGGCGGGGCGCGCGCUUCCGUGCCGGUGGCGGGUGGCGAGCGGCGCGCGCGCGCGCGCGCGCCGCGGGCUGGCAGUCCCGCCGCGGACCGCCCCUCUGUGAUGCCGCCCGGCGCUGGGAGCGCCACCGCCCGGGCCUAGGCAGCAGCGCCAGUGAGGACUCUCCUGGACAGUUCUGUUGCCUUAUUGUUGUUGCAAAUUUGCAGCGAAACAAUAAUAACCGGUCGAAUUUGGGAGGCGUUUGUUGGUGGUGGUGGACGCCGGUGCAGGGCGGCCGGCGGCGGCAGCGCGCGCCGCGGUGGCGCCCGCGCCCGUGUCGCCGCGUCCGCUGCGGCUUGGCCCGGGACCCGGCAGGGUUUCGGCCGCCCACCGCGACGGCGGCGGCUGGGCCCCUCUGCUGCCCGGUGCUGUGUGGCGGUACCCGAGAGCCGUUUGCCGUGUUUUUGGUUCAUGCGUUACGUCGUGCGCGUCGCGCGAGCCUCGCUCGGGGAAAGGGGGAGGGGGGAUCGUGCUCGAGCUGGGGCGGCGCGGCCGAACCGCGGCGCUGCUGGUAUGACGUGUGCACAUCUGUCUUGUAUUAAUGCAUUCUAUUGAAAGA